CAUGGGAUCAUCCCUCCACACAGGCUUCACCAUCGCCAGCCUCACCAGAGCUAGUCUAUGUGGCUGUCCGAUAUUCAACUAAGGAUCUCCGAGCUUGACUGUGGGAAACAUGAGGAGUUCCAACAGAAAGGAUCUACCCAGAAGGGGGCCACUGAGGAGCUACAGGAAUAACCAGAGUCAGAAGUAGAAAGAAGUUUGCAGAGGUUCUGUUCUUGGUUUGUCUCCUUGUGCUGGCUCAGCCGGGCAGGGUUGUUCUACACAUCAGGUGGGGUUACAUGGCAGGGAAUUGGUCAGGAGAGUAUGAACAUCCCAGGUGGGAGAGGUGACCACCAAAGAGGAGAACAGAGACCCAGAGUCCUGGUUUGUGCCAUCCCUCACUUACUCCUGAGACUCCCAUCCUUAUGUGUGCCCAACUGGUCUGUGGAUCAUCUCCCACUGACCUCUGAACCCUGCUCCCAAACCCUACUUUGACCCUGACACUCUUCACCCUGCUCUCCUCUUCCUGCCACACUGCUCCUCAUCCCCAACCUAAUUGUGACCUAUUACUGCCACACCCCAUCCCCCACCUAAUGGAUAGCCAAUCACUGCCCUGCCCUGUUGGCAAGCCAAUUGUGAGCUCAGUCCUUGCCCCGCCCUAAGUGAACCCUUCUCCUCUACCCCCCACCCUAGUCUCUCACUCCUGGUAACUCAGUGCACUGAGAGGACCCGGACAUGAAGGUAUGGAGGUGGAUCUUCUGGCUCCCUGUGCUGGGGUUGCCCAGUCACACAGCACAGAAUCUUUUCACUCACGUUUUGAUGGGUACUGGUAUUUAAAAGAAAUCAUCAAUACAAGAGAAGAUGUGGUAGAGAGGAACUCUCGCCCAGUAUUAGACAAAGGAGAGUACAGGGCCCACAAUGAACCAGGAUACUCUGUGCUCAAAGGCACCCACACAGAUAUCUAACAACACUACCAACCACCCAAGCAACUUGAGGCUGCUAUCUCAGAACUUUCCUGACCAUUUUCAGCUCAGUACUGAUUUUGGGGGGAUUUUUCGGAAGCUUAUCAUUAUUGCUACAGUCGUAGCUAUUUCGGCAUUUGCCAUUUUCUUCUGGACAACUGUUCUUGUUAUAAAACAGCCAGUUUAUCAAGUUAAUUUGCAGCAAAUUUCUGAGAAGAUCAAUAAUGUCACGAAAGAAAAUGCAGAACUUGUACAACAAAUUUCUGUUUUGGAACAGAAGAUCACUGAGUCGAGAAAACGUCUUCAGGAGACUAAAAGACAAAAAAAGGUGGUCUCUGAUGAAUCAAUUAAACUUAAGGCAUUUGAAAAAGGGAAAUCUACUGAAAACUUGAAAGAAGUUAUUUCAAUGAACAACUCGGAAAUUUCCGAGUCAGAAGAUGAAAAUGAUGGAGCCAAGGAUUUACAGCUGAGAGCCUUGAGGGCCAAAAUAUGGAUGCUGGAAGAAAGUAAAAAGAACCUGGAAAAAAGCUGUAAUACCUUGAAGUCCAUGAAAGCAGCAAAGGAAGCUGAAAUCAAACUGAUGGAUGUGAAUAUGGAGAGUUUUCAUGAAAUCUACAAACUGAAGGUGGCAGCUGCUGCAAAGAAGAUGGCAGGGAAACAACAAGAGUGGAUGGAAAAGGAGACGAAGCUGUCAGAGAAGGAGGAGAAUUUGAAACGGGCUGAAGAAGAAAUUGAGAACUAUAUGAGAAGACUGCAAGAAAUGCAGGCUCAGCAGCAGCGAGAAAAGGAGACCUUCAGACAGGAGAUUGCUGUUCAUAAACAAAAGGCUCGUGACGUUGAGCUCAGGGCUCAAGCUCUGGAGCGGGAGUUGAUGGUGCAGAAGAGGGAGACUGCCCACUUGAAACACAGAUUGGAAAUAAUGCAGGCAGAGGAAUCCAGGAGGCAGAAGCCAGUGUCAGGGGGACCUGGCUGGGAGAACCCUCCACAGAGAGAUUCCAGAAGUUGUGGAGGUCACAUGAAGAACCAAGGCUCAUCCCCUGCUGAGGACACCAGGAAGGAACAGGUCAGCAUGGCUGCAGGAGGACCUCCUCCUUUCCCAAGACCACCCUACAUGCCCUACCCCAUGAGGGGCUACAGAGAAUCCUUCAUGGGCUAUCUGCCACCUCCUCCACCCUGGUGGUUUCCAAGACCUCGGCCAGUACCUCUGUCUCCAGAAUUUGGAGAGCCAUUGUGGAAUUGGAAUAGGAAGCUCAGUUAUCCAGAACAGGCUGUGCCUGUGAGUCAAAAAGCCACCUGAUGCCCAUUUUCCGAAUGUUUUCCCUGUCCCUCGAAGACUCUUCCUCUCUUAUCUGUCUGAGUGAUUCCCCUAAUAAACCUUGUGUGGUGCUGA